UCUACUUCCAAUCUCGUGCCACUCACAGUCGCCGUCGGACGGGCGCUAGAGUGUAGGCUGUAGCCACAGUGUGUGUGUGUGUGCGCUACAGUGUUGCUACAGUGUGAGUAGCUACAGUGUGGGUUGCUACAGUGUGGGUACAGUACAGUAGCUACAGUGUUGAUACAGUGUGAGUAGCUACAGUGUGAGUAGCUACAGUGUGGUACAUACACAGUACAGUAGCUACAGUGUCGAUAGCGACAACGGUCGAGUGUGUGCGUGUGUGGCACGUCGGUGUCCAUUUCCAGUUUGGCGUCGUCCGACACCGAUUGGUCGGCUCGGAUAUCUCCGCACGCGGCACAACUCUCAGCUUCCUGUGGGUGUAGGAUACCACAGUGAGGAGAGACCAAGCAGAGCACAAGCAACGCCUCGACCAUCACACCGUUUCACUCUCAUCCGCCUCCACCAACAACACAAUCAUGUUCCCCGGACGCCACUCGACGCCUCACCAGGGCUCCGGCCAGCCUUUCAAAUUCACAGUCGGUGAGUCGUGCGACCGCAUCAAGCAGGAAUUCGGUUUUCUCCAGGCGCAAUGCGAAAGUAUGAAGGCGGAGUGCGAGAAACUGGUCGGCGAGAAGACGGAGAUUCAGCGCCACUACGUGAUGUACUACGAGAUGUCCUACGGUCUCAACAUCGAGAUGCACAAACAGGCGGAAAUCGCCAAGCGGCUCAACACAAUAUGCGCCCAAGUGAUCCCGUUCUUAUCGCAAGAGCAUCAACAACAGGUUGCGACGGCGGUGGAGAGAGCCAAGCAGGUCACAAUGUCUGAAUUAAAUGCAGUCGUUGGGCCCUUUAGUCAGCCUCCACCACCUGGUCAUCAUGGUCCUCUUCCUCUCUCUGGUGGAAGUCAUCCCGGUCACCCACCGCCUGCUAUACCUCCGCCGCCUCCGAUUGCUGCAGGUGCCACUGCCAACUCGAAUUUACUGACUCUAUCGUCUGCAGUCUCACAGCACGCUCAAAUGGCAGUGAGCAACGAUGCAGACCGAGACGGUCGAGCCGAGUCGGCAUCGCCACAACGAAACGGUUCGAAUCGAAACGAGAGACCGAGAGGAUCACAACAUGGCAGUCAAAAGAAGAGAAGACGACAAGCGAGAGAAACGUCUAACUUGAAGGACACUGAUGGCGAGCGAAGCGACGGCGAAUUGGUUGUCGACGUAUCAAACGAUGACCCUGGGACGCCUCGUGAAGGAUCCCAUUCACCACCUCAAGCACCGAAACCCAAUAUGACGUGCAAGAGCGGCAGUGUGAGUAGCCUGAGUAGCAACAAGGACUCCGAAGGCAAGAACGAAGACACCAAAAUGGAGGAUUCACCGACCAACAGACACAGACCUGUUGAUAAAAGCUCCGGUCCAUCAACCAUGAUGAACAACUCGUCUCCACAUCCUCCAUCUACCGGUACCCUACCAGUGCACGGGAAAGCAGGACCAAUAGCACCGUCAGCACUUCGACCUCCCACUUCACUGUCAGGACCAUACUUGUUCUCUCAUGCAGGAUUCAGUGAUCCAAGCAGCAGUGGUCCGUUCAUGGGAAUGAUGGGAGGCUUCGCACCUCCGGGUUUCUAUGGGCGUCCGCCACUCAUGGGUAUUGAACCUCACAGAGGUCCCCACAUGUCUGGAUUGCCUGGAGGCAAACUAAAUUAUUCACUACACUUAGGAGCUGAUGGAACGCUGCAGCCUGUCUUGUUUCCUCAUGACGCCUUUGGGCCUGGGAUUCCUCAACACGCCAGGCAGAUUAACGUAUUGAAUCAUGGAGAGGUAGUGUGUGCUGUGACGAUCAGUAAUCCAACGAGGCAUGUGUACACGGGAGGUAAAGGUUGUGUGAAAGUGUGGGAUAUUGGUCAAGCGUCUGUCAAGAACCCGGUGUCGCAGCUCGACUGUCUGAGAGAUAAUUAUAUUCGAUCACUCAAGCUCUUGCCAGACGGACGAACACUUCUUGUUGGAGGAGAAGCAAGUACGCUGAGUAUUUGGGACUUAGCUAAUCCAAGUCCUCGGAUUAAAGCUGAGUUGACGUCGACUGCUCCGGCGUGUUAUGCUUUAGCUAUCAGUCCUGAUGCGAAGGUUUGUUUCAGCUGCUGUAGUGAUGGAAACAUCGCAGUGUGGGAUUUACACAACCAACAGCUGCUGAGGCAAUUCCAAGGUCACACAGACGGUGCAAGUUGUAUAGACAUCUCACCUGAUGGAAGUCGUCUAUGGACAGGUGGCCUUGAUAAUACAGUGAGAGCGUGGGAUCUACGUGAGGGUCGGCAACUACAGCAGUAUGACUUCUCGUCUCAAAUUUUCUCUCUUGGUUAUUGCCCAAUGGGAGACUGGUUGGCCGUUGGAAUGGAGAACAGCUAUGUCGAAGUGCUUCACAGCAAUAAACCAGAAAAAUACCAACUGCACCUGCAUGAAAGUUGCGUUUUGUCACUUAAAUUUGCUAAUUCAGGCAAAUGGUUUAUCAGCACUGGGAAAGACAAUUUAUUGAAUGCAUGGAGAACGCCUUAUGGUGUCAGUUUAUUUCAGUCAAAAGAGUCGUCAUCGGUUCUCAGUUGCGAUGUUUCGUCCGACGACAAGUUCAUCGUGACCGGUUCUGGCGACAAGAAAGCGACGUUAUAUGAAGUCGUAUAGUCACGACUCGACACAAAACAAUUACCCACCUGUAGAAAGUAUGCAAGAAGUAGUUUGGAGGUUGGUCUAGAUCCAAUGUAUUUUCAUGUACGUAAAGUUACUAGAUUGAGUAGGCAGAGUCUUUAGGAACGUGACUGACAGCAGCUGCACUGUUUGUGCCGUCGACUCCCACAGUAGGUGUACUGCCAAUAGAUUAAAACGUGAAUUGAG